AUGAGCUCGUCCGCGCGCCCUCAAUCGGUCCGCGGGCUGUACACUCCGCCAGCCGAGGAGUGGGUGUUCCUCCCGCCGACCGUGUCGCCGCCGGCAAACUUGAGCCCCCCCGCGCCACCACAGCACCUUCCCUCCUUCGCCCCCGAAGAUGACGAGGUUGACCUCGGUCUUCCCGGACCAGUGCAGCUGUUUGGCACACAGUUCCUUGUGACUGCACUAGGCAUGCCAUUCGAGGUCGGGAAAACGCUCCUUCAGAUCGAGUACCGCCCGCGUCGGCGGUUCGCGCCCUUGGAGACACCGCAGGAGGCGCCACGCGAAUGGGGCGCGGAGGACGACACACUCAGCAACGCCGACGAGGCGGACCACUAUUUCAGUGACCGCAUCGAGGCACCUACGAAGAGCUUCGUUCCCCCGCCGCCGCCCAAGGCCGAUGCGAGCGGAUACCUCGCCGACCCCUCCCCGACUUGGCUGCUCAAGGAUGAUCCCGAGAUCAGCCGCUCAAACGGCGUGUGGGGAAUGAUCAGGCGUAUUCGGGCGACACCGAGCGAGGGCCUGCCAGCCCUGUGGAAGGGCCAGAUCGUGUCGACGGUGCACGCGGUCGCAUCGACGCUGCUCCAGCCGCGCGUCCACAACCUCGUGUUCAGCGUCUUCCCCUCCGGCACGACCGGGGCCAUUCCGCUUCCCCUCGACUUUCCACUUACCGCGCUGCCGCACCCCGCCGUGCCGCUCGCGCUGCAGGUCGCGUCGCACGCGCUCACGCAGUUCAUUCUCUCACCGCUCGAGCUUGUGCGCACCCGCCUCAUCGCCAUGCCAACUAGCCUUCCCUCAACGCCAAACAGCCUUACGAUCCUCCGCCAAGCUAUCGCCGACGAGGGCGGUAUCAGCGGCCUCUACUUUGCGAGCAACGUGAUGCUACCCGCACUUCUCGAGCUCACCCUCCGCCCGCUGUUGACGAUGAGCAUCCCGCUCAUCCUCGAACGCGGCCUCGGCAUGUCCGCAGACCUCGCACCCAUCUCGUACUCGCUGGCCGAACUCGGGCUGAACGUCGCGGCGCUGCUCAUCAUACUCCCCAUUGAGACGGUUCGCCGCCGUCUCCAGCUCCAAUCCCGCGCACCAGGCGGAGGUAAGCACUUCCGCGCGGUCGUGACUCUCCGCGAUCGCGACUAUGUCGGCAUCGUCGAGGCCAUCUGGCGCAUCAUCACCGAGGAGACGGCAGCGCCCCGGAAAAAGCGCAUGACCGAGCGCGAGGAGGGCGGCUGGUUCUCAGGCGUGUGCCAGCUGUAUCGUGGUUUCGGCAUGGCCGUUACCGCGCACCUCACCGUGUUCGGCCUGGGCCUCGUCAGCGCCGGGUUGGGAGGAACAGGACCCCGGGGCUUCGACUCUGGAUGGAAGGAGAUCUAA